ACAGGAUCGUGUUAUACUUUAAAGGAUGGCGACACUAAAGUGCUUCGAAUAAACCUCCCUGGCCCGCAUGUGUACGUUAUUGAACCGUAAUAUUAUUCAUCAAUAAUACAGCUAUUAUGAAAAAUUAUUUUUGAAACCUAGUCAUGCGAUGCGUUACGUUCAAACAUGCUUUAAAAGACCUACGAAUGGGUGCUGUUUAUGUUUAUACGAAAGAUGGACUACACUGGUGUGCUUGUGUGUCCACACACGGUGUUGCUGUUGCUGACAGUAUUUCUACUCGCGCCACGUUUAUCACUGGGUUUUGUAGACAUCGACAGUGGUUCCCAUAACUACAACGUUGAAGUCAAUCCAUCUACUGGUGAGAAUUCCGACGGGUUGGUUGACUCUGCUGGACCACACCAGCAAGAGUUUUGUUAUGAGGGUUCAUCGGAAGUAGGGUGCCGUCAGGAUGGACGAUCCGACGGCGAGGACGGACCGACAGCCCGUCGGCACGUUGGUGGGGCUGCUGCCGGUGGAGAGACCGGGAAGGUGCAAUGGGACGAACGAGGUUAUGUGACGUUUUGUCAAAGAGUGGGGAACUUUGGAAACCAGAUGGAGGUCUUUUUAGGUAUGAUGGCUUUUGCUAAGGCGUUAGACAGAACUCUUAUCAUUCCACACUUUAACUGGAUUACAUUCCGAGAAAGGCGAGUACAUCGUUACGUCGAGUUCUCGGAGUUGUUCCAAAUUUCCCCCCUUCUUCAAUAUCACCGAGUUGUCACAAUGGAUGUGUUUCUAAAAGUAUUGGCGCCAAGAUACUGGCCCCCUGGACAGCGAAGGGGUUAUUUGUACCAAUUCAUGCCAGACGAUACAGACUGCAAUAAAGCUGGCUGUUGGGGUGAUUUGGAUCCUUCAAUUGAAUUUGACGAGUGCUUCCUACACAAGCUGAACACAUUCCGAACUGAUAUAGCAGAUGAGAAUUCUAUACUUGUCGCUAGACACAUCUGGAAUAGCAAGUUUCCAGUUGAAGAACACCCAGUAAUCACAAUAGAUAAAGCAACGCCAGCUUUUCCUAUAAACCCUGGAAACAGAAAAAUUCAAGAGUUUGUGAAAUGGAACGAGCAUUUCAUGUCGAUAGGCAGGUCAUAUAUUAAUGCGACUUUUGGAAGCAACACCUGGGUGGGGCUACACCUGAGAAACGGCGGAGAUUGGGUCAAGGCCUGCACCCCGGAGAUGCUUGAGACGAACACGUUUAUAAUGGCGUCACCGCAGUGCCAUGAAAAGGAACUUGGAGCUGUUUCUCAGGACAUGUGUCUACCAAGUGUAGCUCACAUGUUGGAGUUAACGCUGAAGGUUGUGAAAGAUGUCAAUGCAAAACACCUCUUCAUUGCUACAGAUAAACACCCCCAUCUCGAAGAAUUCAGGAAAGUGCUCUCCCCCAUAGGGGUUUCUGUACACCAUUUGAAUCCGGAUACUUCACAAGUCGACUUAGUGAUACUAGGCGAGGCAGAUUACUUCAUUGGGACGUGUCCGUCAUCGUUCACCUCAUUCGUUAAACGCUCGAGAGAUGCAACUGGAAAACCCUCCAUAUUCUGGGGACAGGAGUACAGUGGUUUUUAAUUUUCUACCAACUUUUGGGGAUUUUCUUGGGGUUUCUUUUAUCAGGGGCAGAUUGAUCUUAAAGUCAGUGGACACUAUGGGUAAUUGUCAAAGACUAUUCUUUACAGUUGGUGUAUCUCAACAUAAUUA